UUUACAAUCACAACAGCAACAACCACAUGAUAAGAGUUGAAAGUGAAAUUACUUUACUUUAAAAUUUUAAAUUAUAAGAAAGUUUCAGUUUUACGAUUCUCGAUAUACUUUUUGAAUAAAUUUUCACUUUCAGUUUUAUUAUACAUUUUGGUUUAAGUCAUGAUGUGAAUUACUUUAAAAUGCCUGUUGUGCGUGAAGAAGAGUUUUCUCGGCAAAAAAAACCUGUUCGAUAUCCAUACUGUGUUGUUUGGACGCCGAUUCCAGUUUUAACAUGGAUAUUUCCUUUGAUUGGUCACACAGGAAUUGCUACUUCAGAAGGAAAAAUUCGAGACUUUGCAGGAUCCUACUAUGUUGCAGAAGAUGACAUGGCUUUCGGCGAACCAACUAAAAUUUGGAAACUUAAAUUAGAUCGUGUACAAGGUGGUACUCGAGGAUGGGAUUAUGCUGUAACUGAAUCAUCUUUGGACUAUGGAGGAAGAAUUCACAAUCUACUUAUGGAUAAUUGCCACUCUCAUGUAGCUAAAGCAUUAAAUUUGAUGGAAUAUGACGGCAGAAAGAAUUGGAAUAUGUUCAAAAUCGCUUUGUACACUUUUACUUCUAGUCAUUAUGUUGACAAAAGGUCGUGGAUCAAAACAUGGGGUCCAUUUUGGAUAUUAGCUAUGAUUACGUUGUGCGCUGUCUUAUUUUCCAACAUAUUUGUUUAAGUAGCUUUUUUCAAGCAAUUUGUGUGCGUUAUUAACAAUUACCUACCUAUAAUGUUUUUCCAUUUUUAUUCAAGUUCAAACUAUUUUAUAUCGACGAUUUUUUAAAUAUUUUUUGUUCUAUUCAAUAAACGCGUGAUUUAUGUUA